AUGGAAUUUGUGACAGCCCUAGUGUUCAUUUUCAUAGCAUGUGCCUGUGGUAUAGUUUGGGCUAUCUUCAAUUGGAUGGCAGUUCAUAAAGUGGAGAUUCAUCACAAACAUGAGGGAUUGACAGAAUUGUUAUAGGGUGCAGAAUAAGAGAAAAUAGAGACUCUGUUAGAGAUAGGAGAACACAUAUAAGAUGGAGCUCAAGCCUUUUUAAGAGAAGAAUACACAGAUUGCAGUGUGUUUUUAGCGAUCAUGGCUGUUUUAUUGAUAUUUAUUUCACCAUGGUCUUCACUGGCAUUUGUAUUGGGAGCAGCAACUUCAAUGCUUUGUGGAUAUUUGGGAAUGGCCAUAGCAACAGCAGCUAAUUAUAGGACUGCAUUUUCAGCAAUCACAUCAUUAGCGAAUGCAUUUUAAAUGGCAUAUAGAGGUGGUUGCGUAAUGGGAUUUUUAUUGGUGUCAAUAUCGCUUUCAAUUUUAACAUUAAUAAUAAUAAUCUAUAAUGCAAUAAUAGUGAAGAGUGAAGACAACAAUUUUGAGGAUUUGGUCACAAUGUUCGAUUACGUAGCAGCCUAUGGAUUGGGAGGAUCAACAUUUGCAUUGUUCGGCAGAGUUGGUGGUGGCAUUUACACCAAGGCAGCCGAUGUGGGAGCAGAUCUCGUAGGUAAAGUCGAGAAGAACUUACCAGAAGACAGUCCAAAGAAUCCAGCCACUAUAGCUGACAAUGUGGGAGAUAACGUUGGUGAUAUUGCUGGUAUGGGAGCUGACUUAUUUGGUUCAUUUGCAGAAUCUACUUGUGCAGCUUUGGUCGUUUCAUCUACCCAAUUAAGAGUUGCAUAAGGGGAUAGUUAUGUCAUUGAUAUCAGUUAAUUGAUGUAUCCAUUGAUGGUUUCAGCAUUUGGUAUCGGAAUUUGUAUUUUGGUAUCAGCUUAUGCUGUUUAUAUUUCAAAAGUGAAUCACAUUAAUAAGAUUGAAUCCACUCUGAAAUUCCAAUUGUUGUUAUCGACAGUUGCAUUAUCUCCAAUUAUUAUAGGUAUUGCUUAUUGGUGUUUACCUGCUGACUAUGUGAUGGUUGCUGCAGAUGGCUCUAUUUAAUUGCAAGAACUUAAACCUUGGCAUGCUUUCUUGUGCUCUCUUAUGGGAUUAUGGUCUGGAUUGUUGAUUGGGUAUUUCACUGAAUACAUGACAUCCCAUUCUUAUACUCCCGUCAGAGAAGUAGCUAAGUCUUGUGGAACUGGAGCAGCAACCAACAUUAUCUAUGGUUUAGCCUUAGGAUACUUAUCAACCAUUGUCCCUAUUGUGGCUAUAGCUAUAACUGCCUUGUUGUCUAUGAAGAUGCUUUCCUUCUAUGGAGUUGCCUUGGCUGCUCUAGGAAUGCUUUCCAAUCUUACCAUAGGAUUGGCCAUUGAUGCUUAUGGACCCAUCUCUGACAAUGCAGGAGGUAUUGCAGAAAUGAGUGAAUUGGGUGAAAAUGUCAGAGAAUCUACUGAUGCUUUGGAUGCUGCAGGUAACACUACUGCAGCUAUUGGAAAAGGAUUCGCUAUCGGAUCAGCUGCCUUAGUCUCUUUAUCACUCUAUGGUGGAUAUUUAACAAGAAUAUAAACCUACAAAGUAGGAGAUCAAUACCCAUUUGCUGAAGGCGCCAAAAUCGAUGAUCCUAUCAUCUUCGCAAUGUUAUUAGUUGGUGCCAUGUUGCCAUAUGCAUUCUCUGCCUUCACUAUGAAAUCAGUCGGAAAGGCUGCACUUCAAAUGGUUGAAGAAGUUCGUAGAUAAUUACAUGAACAUCCAGGUAUUUAUGCAGGCACAGAAGAACCAGAUUUCAGAGCCUGUAUUGCCAUUUCAACCAAGGCUUCAUUAAAAGAAAUGAUUCCUCCUGGACUCUUGGUCAUUGUCACUCCAACUGCUGUCGGACUGUUCUUAGGACCCUAUGCUGUUGCUGGUCUAUUGCCAGGAGCUUUAGUUAGCGGUGUUUAGAUGGCCAUUUCAGCCUCUAAUACUGGAGGAGCCUGGGAUAAUGCCAAAAAAUAUAUUGAAGCUGGAUUCUAUAGAAAUGAAGCUGGAGAAGUAAAGAAGAAGGGAUCUGAUGAACACAAAGCUGCUGUUAUUGGUGAUACUGUUGGUGAUCCUCUUAAGGAUACUUCAGGACCAUCAUUAAAUAUUUUGAUUAAAUUGAUGGCUAUUUUAUCUUUGGUCUUGGCUGGUGCUUUUUGUAGAACUGGGUGGUUAUACAAACCUCAAUGA